UGGUCGCGGAGGCAGGCGGAGGCACAACCAACGCGGGGGAAAAGGUAGAGGCGGCGACAGGCAAAAUUGGAGUAAAAUGAACAGUAGCUAUAAUCGAGAAUCAAAAAACGGAGGCAAUAAUCAAUUAAGCAACAACUCACAGAAAAAUAAUCAAAGAUCUUAUAAUGUAAAUAAUUCCAAUGAAAACUCGUUUUGUAAGUUUCGGGACAGUAAUCAACGCCAUUCUAACCAUGAUCACCAAAAUGCACAACUCCGAGAAGGAAUGCAAGGUCCGUCCCACAGGAAAUUCGACUUUAUUGAAGAUGCAGAGCACGUGCAGAUGCAAAAAGAAAAAGUCAAUCCUUCGCCUAAUUUUCAUAACCUUGUUGUUCAGCCAGUGGUAGAACAACAGCCACCUGUACAACAAAUAACUGUACCUCAACCAUGUAUACCACAACAACCCCCUACACCUUUGUGCACGCAACCUCAAAUCAAUAUAGCAAACAUAAAAAAGGAGAAACAAAGUACCCCAGUGGCACCUAAAAAGCCGGCGAAAAGCAGCUCAAGUUCAUCAGAAAGCUCAGAUGACACUUUAGAAAUAGGCGAGGUGAGAGCCAAAUCUGAAAAGCUAAAUAAAACCAGCGAAGUUGCCGCCACGCCGAGGUCCAGCUCGAAAAAAGGCACUAGUUCAGAAGACUCGUCAAGUGAGGACAAUUCUUCACCGGAACGAACAAAAUCUGUCAAAAAUGCCAAUACUAAAAGUGGGAAGAAACUUAAGAAACUGCCAUCGGAAGAAGAUGUGGUAUGUGUAGGGAGCAUAAACCGGAAUUUUUCCCUGAACAGUGAUAGUGAGGAUGAAGAAGAGUUAAAAGUGAAAAAGGGAAAAGCAAAUGCAAAGACUGCAGAGCAGUGCAUUAUCUGUGAUAAAAAGGGUCACACUUCUUUUGAAUGUCAGAUGAUUUGCAAAAACUGCUCGGCGCCGUAUCAUUGCUUAAAGAAUUGUCCUAACCCGCCAAACUUAAAUAUUGCGUUGCAAAGCUUCAUAGAAUUUUCAAUGAAGCAAUUCAGCCUAUUCAACAUGGACCCGCGCCUCUUGCUUCCUGCUGCUGCACCCGUAUCGGUUAUGAUGUCCUCAGCAUCAAAAUCGAAAAGGGAUAAGCGCUCGGAUAAGAAUUCAAAUUCCAAAGCCAAGAAAAAGUCCAAAGUGGAGGUGGAUAACAGUGAUGAAGAUGAAGGCGAAACAACUGAUGAAGAUUCAAGCAAAACAGAAUCAAGUGAAGCAGAUUCUAGCGAUGAACCGCAUCCCAAACGCAAACGUAAUGCCAAACAGUCCAACGUCCCAAUAGCAUCUAAAAUAUCCAAGCAAUCGUUUCCAUUUCCUGUACUUGCUACCGCCGCCCACUACAACCCAAUGAUUUACCCAUAUGGUGCGGCUUUCAAUUUCCAAAGUUAGAUAAUCCCCAACUACAGAAAUUAGAAUAUAAAUACAUACAUAACUGUAAACGAUUAAACGCAUCAUAUGACAUGGUGUAGAUUAUUAUUUAACAGCUAAAUUAAGAAAGGCCAACCAGGCAUUUGGAAAAUGAUGAUUGGGUUAAUUUUUAAAAUGUAAAAUAGUGUGCCCGUUUUGCAUUAUCUACUUGUAUAUACAUAUGUACAUAUAUAAAACUCAA